GUGUGUGUGUGUGUGUGUGUUGUAAUCACCAGAAGCGCAGAGCUGCAGGACGACGACGCAGCAAUGGAAACCGGAACGCACGAGAAGUAACACGGGGUGCCAAAACUUUCACACCCAGACACCGAGUCAGAGAGCGAGAGAGAGAGAGAGAGAGAGAGAGAGAGAGAGAGAUGAAACUGGGACGUGCUUGAUUAUAUUAUAUUUUAUCUCAUUUAUUGUCGGCACUGUGCCUGGAGGAGGAGGAGGAAGGCGGAAAGUCGCUCUUCUGGGAUGCUGAAAUGUGGAAGAAGCGCAAAUUUUUGGAUUUUCUUUUUCUCCUUUUUUUAAUUCUAAUGGACCAAAAAAAAAUGAAAUGCACUUUUCUACAGCUGUGAAGAGAUCCACAAAAAACAAGUCAGGAUUUAAUCAUCUUGUGCUAAAAAAAAAAAAAAAAAAAGGCAGCUCAACUUUAAGCUCAUUAAGACGGAAAUACCAAAUUCGGAUGUUUUCUUUUUGUUUAUUUUUUGAAUAAUUCCGCAUUCAGGCUUCAUUAGAUUAAAGAUACAUUAUUAGUGACAGUGCGACUCAAAGCCUACUUUAGAGGUUCUUUAGAACUUAUUAAACUUUAGGAAUUAUUGACUUUUCGCUUUUACGCGCUUUAGGAUGCGCUUUUUUCGCAGUUUUCUGUAGGAGCGCGCGGACUGCAAUGUUUUAUUUCCACUCUCACAAACUUCUCACAACUCCAAUGUUCCCAGUUUGCGGAUGUUCAUAUGACCCUUAUAACCUCAUAUAAACAGCUAUAAUGCUUCCGCGCCGCGAUUAUUUAUUUUUUAAUAAAAAAUCAUUUGCAGAAAAAAAAAUGAUGACGUUUCUGUAGACUCGAUUUGCGCUUGAACGCUUUUUUGGGGAGCGGACGCACGCGCGUGCAACCGGCCACCGGAGGGUCACUGGUGAGGAGAGACAUCAUGAAGACGCCGAAACUCCUCGCGAGUGCACGCGCACACACGGACAUCUGAAAAAAAGAAAAAAAGAAAAAGUCAGAAUUUCUGCUCCAGCACGCUUCAGCGUCAUUGCUGAGGAUUUCUUUAUUUCUUUAUUUCUUUUCUUUUGCAUUGCAGUGAGAUGACAGGGACGGAGCUUGACCCUUUCCGUUUGAUCUCCUGCACGAGGAUGCGAUAAUAACGCGCAAAAAAAAAAACAAACAAAAAAAAACAACACGGAUGCAAUAUUCGGUGCAUGCGGUCGGGUCUCGUGCACGCUCCGGGACGUUGCUGUGGUGGAUCUCCUCGUCGUCCUCGCUGCUGCUGCUGCUGCUGCUGCUGUUCAACGCCAUGGGCUGCAUCCAGAGCCUCAGGUGCAAGCCGAAGAGUUUCCGCGAGAGCGUCGCCGUGCUCGAGGUGACCACCUCCAUCGACCCGAACCCCACCAGCAUCGACGAGUCCUCCAGCGUGGUGCUGCGCUACCGGACGCCGCACUUCCGCGCCACCGCGCGCGUCCUCGUGCCCCCGGUGGCCGCCAAGGAGACGUGGACGGUGGGCUGGAUCCAGGCGUGCAACCACAUGGAGUUCUACAACCGAUACGGAGCCGAGGGCAUGUCGAGCUGGGAGCUUCCGGAUCUCCGUGAUGGUAAAAUCCAAGCCAUCAGCGACUCGGAUGGCGUGAACUACCCCUGGUACGGCAACACCACGGAGACCUGCACCGUCGUGGGUCCUACCAAGAAAGACACCAAAUUCACCGUCAGCAUGAACGACAACUUCUACCCGAGCGUGACGUGGGGUGUUCCGGUGAGCGAGAGCAACAUGCCGAUGCUCAGCGACAUCUGGAGGGACCAGAGCUUCACCACAUGGCUGGUGGCCAUUAACCAGGCGUCAGGAGAGACGGUGGUGCUGCAGACGGUGCGCUGGCGCAUGCGGCUGCACAUCGAGGUGGAUCCGGACAAACCGCUGGGGAAGCGAUCCAAGCUUCUGGAGCCCAUCGCUCAGGAACAGCCGCAACUGCUGGGCAAAAACGAGCCGAUCCCGCCCAACGCCAUGAUCAAACCCAACGCCAACGAUGCACAAGUCCUCAUGUGGAGGCCCAGGACUGGAGAUCCAGUGGUGGUCAUCCCUCCUAAAUACUGAUUACAGUUUCUUAUUUUAUUAUUUUUUUAAUGGAAAUCAAAAUAGAGGUCAAUCUCGCUCCGGUGGAAACGUGAACAAGGAGCAGAGCAAUGUUUCUUAUUACAAAAUGGGUCGGGAUCACUGUGCUAAAUGAGGUCAUUGCAAAAAAAAAAAAAAAAAAAAAGUGUGACAAUAGCUUUUCAGUGUGUUUUGCAUUGGAAUAUACCAUUUGUAUUUAUUUAUUCGGGUGCGUUCGGGUGGCGUUCACUAAAGGCGCAGUUUUUUUGUGCUAAGGAAUGAUGCGUUUGGAGUUUUAUACAACAUAAGACAUUGAAUCCAUGCUGCCUUAAGUUUACAUUGCUUUUUACUGCAAAAAAAAACAAAACAAAAAACUUUCAGCCUUAAACAAACAACAUGCAACGCAGUAAAGCCUCAUCGAUCCACGUCUCAUGAUCAGUGGUGUUCCCUAAAGGACUGUGUUCCUUUUAUUAUUAUUAUUUUUUACAGUGUAUUGCAUACACCUCUUUUUAAAGCACAACGGGUUUAUACGGAUAUGUUUCAUGUUUCAUGGCUAGGAAUAACUCCAGGAGACAGUUUGGGUCAGUUUGGCUUGCUUUAUUCUCUGUAGACUGAAAGGAAACUUUAUCACAGCAAUGCAGAGCGAAUUAGAGAACCAGUCCAAAAUAUCCUGGACGCCCUUCAAGUGCACAGAUUCAGCCUUCAAAUCAGCCUCGUAACGAGAGCGCGCUUAGCCGCUUUCUGCUUCUGAUCAAACUCCGACCGUCACGUUCAUCACGACGGAGCGAAACAAAUGAACAUGACAUCACACACACACAAAAACAAGCAGAGAAAGAGCAGCGUUCUUAGUUUUUCCUGCUGUUGACCAUGUAGGGUUUAUUUACGAGAUUUGGACUUGGCAGAUUCUCACUUUAAAAUGAGAAUAAGAUUACAUCAUGCGCUGGAUUUUUGCCGUAUAACGAACCUCUCAAAUAUGGAAUAGAAAAAAAAUUCAUUGAAAAACAAAAAAGCAAAACAAAAAACACAUAAUAGUCCUGAAUUUUUUUUCACACUGUCCAAUCUGAUCUAAUUACAAAUAUGUACAAUUAAAAUCACAAAAUGUUAAAUGUUAAAAAUGACACAAAAGUCACGUUUUUAAAAAACACGAAAGUCGUUUUAUUUUACCUCUGCUAUGUGCAAACGAGAUCCUCUUUGACACGAACCCUCACCGACACGGACGUCUGAUCAAUACGUUCAUUAAAAAUUGAUCGCGCACGCUGACAGAAAGAAAACUGCUCUCCAUUAAACAAGCUGAAGGACACAAUGACUUACACACACAGUAAGCGAGGGAUAAAAGCCCCCGUGUUGCGCUGUCACAGGAAAAUAAUCAACAACAGCGUUUACAGAGCUGCUGCCACACUGAAGCUGAUUAUUUUCCCAUAACAGCAGUUUUAUUUCUCUUAUACAAAAGCAAUUUUUCAACGAUUACAAUUUUUAGUUAUUAAAUGACGACACGUCAUACUUUUUAUCCGUUUCUAGUUACACUUAAUGCCGUGGAAGAUCCAUGAAACAAGUUAGGAGGAAAUCCUAAUCUAAUCCCAAGUCUACUAAUGACAGCUUGAAGGUGUAUUUACAUUUUGAAGAGCUUUUUUUCCCCCCUAAUUAACUACGAUAACAUUUUUAUUCACCGCUACAUCGGUGGAUAGCGGGCAGGAUCUGUGGAUUGAGGUCGGGUUCCGGGUGCAACAACAACAACAACAACAACACAAAAUCAUCAAUCCUGCUGAAAACUCUAAUUCAGACAAUACGACAUAAUGAGAUAUUGCAUUUUUAUUCUGGAAUGCUCCUUUAAUUUUUUUUUUUUAAUGAGGAAUAGUUUUUAGGAUGCAAAUUCAACCAAAUUAAGACUAAAAUUGACUUUUAAAUACUGAAUCUGUCAUGAACUUAAUCCUUUUUUAAAAAAAAAAUGUAACUAAGACUAGGUGUAAUCCUUGUCUGUAACUCCAGCUGGAGAAAACCUAAACCUAAGCUGAAUCCAAGAAAUCUAAAAAAUUCUAAAUUUAGUCCAAGAAUGAACUCGCAUUAAUUUGCAAUCUUUCUCUCGAUGUAAAUCUCCUGGUCAUGUCGAAGGCGUAUGAAUUUAAAAUACUGCACUUCAGGGACGAUAAUUAAACAAUAUCUCCACGACCGGCAUAAAUCCCAUCAUGUAGCUGAUGAUGAACGGAUUAUAAUGAAGAGAUUGAGUGAUUAUCUCUUGGUUAAAGGAGAGCUGGAAAGCGGUUAAAACAGAGCAAAGGGUUUUUUUGGGGGUUUCUCCGGAAAGUUCCUCUGUUCAGAUGACUUUUCAAGCCCACUUCUGCCACUGUAAUGAUGAUGAAAAUCAAAACUCGGAAACUUCCCUAGUGGUUAUUUAAGGUCUGAAACUUAAAGUCGGACUUCAUGAACCUGAGCAACAGCAGAAACAAAUAAACGUCUUCCUGCGCUGAUGAAUUUAUUACAUACGCAGUGGAAAUGAAAUCAAAGCUGUCUGUUAGACUUCGCAGGAUGCUGCUUGUAUCGAAAUGAUUUCAAUUUUUACACGUUCCUUUUUUAUAACGAUGCCAAGUUUUUAAAAUUUGACCUCUUUGAGUUCUGGAUUGUGAUUGGUCAGAAGGUGUUGAUUAAUUUUCUAUAACAGCAGCUCUGACAAUCACAAGUUUAUAUUACGUUCUAAUACGAUCUAUAUUACGUUCUAAUCGUUUCUAUAGUAACAGCUCGUUCACAGGGACGUGUACAGAGGAUUCGUCACAUUAACGGAGUAAAAAGGAGACAUUUAAGGAAGGAGUCUCCAGUUUCAGUGCUUUGUAAUAGACAGGACAGAGGAGUUUAUGCUUUUCUCAGGAAUGUGACAAGCUUUGUUUUUUUUUUUUUGUCUUAUUAGCGUCA